AGGAGCCAAUGACUCCUGCUUCAGAGAAAGAGAAGAAGAACCCAGCACCAGGGUCACCACAGAAGGAAUUAUCUCCAGCAGUGGCUUCACAGCAGGACAAAACGCCAGUGGACAAAUCAACUCCAACCCCUGUCCAACAUCCUCCACACCAAGAGACUCCACAACAACAAGAGCAACAACGUCAGCCUCUAACAGCGACACCGAAAAGAGAGCCUGGGAAGCCUCAACAGCUUCCAAAAGGUGGAGCCUCUUAUGCAAAAUCUGUACCACCACCACAGGCCCAGCCCCCCAAGCAGGAGUCAGGAGGCUUCUUUGGCUUUGGUGGUGCUAAAUCUCAGCCUGCUCAGUCAACGCCUGAAGACUCGGUGUCAGGGAAGAUGCUUGGCUUUGGCUCCUCUAUCUUCAGCUCUGCAUCCACUUUGAUCACCUCAGCUGUUCAGGAUGAGCACCGCACCACACCUCCAGCUUCCCCCAAGGUGUCUAUGACUCCUGCUUCAGUGAAAGAGACCCCAGCAGCAGGCUCGUCACAGAAGAAGGAGGUAUCCCCGACAGUGGUUUACCAGCAGGACCAGAAGCCAGUGGACAGACCGACUCCAACACUUGUCCAACAACCUCCACAACAGAAGACUCUACAACAACAAGGACAGCCUCCGCAGCCCUCAGCAGAGGCACCAAAAUCAGAGCCUGAUAUAUCAAUAGUUGAAGCUGCUACAGCAGCAGACACUCAAAAUCCGGCAAGCCCAGUGCCUGCUCAGAAGGCUCCACUGGAGAACCGAAGAACAUCAGAACCUCAUAAACCACCACAGCAGCCCAGCCCUGGGCGUAGGGAGAGUAGUGCCUUCCCAGCCACAAAGCAACCCCCCAAGCAGGAAUCAGGAGGCUUAUUUGGCUUUGGAGGUCCCAAAUCUCAGUCUGCCUCCUCAAAGCCUGAAGAGUCAGUGUCUGGGAAGAUGUUUGGCUUUGGCUCGUCCAUCUUCAGCUCUGCCUCCACUUUGAUAACAUCAGUUGUUCAGGACGAGCCCCGAACCACACCGCCAGCUUCUCCCAAGAUGUCUGCACUGGCCCAGACCUCCCCCAAGAUGCCCCCUGCAAAGGAGACCAAACUACCUGCUGCUCAGAAAGCAGAGGAGAAGAAAGCAGCGCAUCCCCAGAAGGCCAAUGUCCCCCCAUCAUUACAUGCCAAAGUGGACAAACCCCCAUCAGCUCCUCCAAAGGGAGCAGCAUCCUCCCAACCAGCACCCAAAGCAGGCCAAUCUACUUGUCCACUCUGCAAGGUGGAACUCAACAAGGGCUCCAAGGACCCUCCCAACUACAACACCUGCACAGAAUGCAAGAACACUGUCUGCAACCUCUGUGGAUUUAACCCCAUGCCACAUGAAACAGUGAAGGAAUGGCUCUGUCUGACCUGCCAGAUGCAGAGAGCACUUGGAGCAGUGGAACCCCAGGACCUC